AUGGACCCGGAGCCGGAUGCCUCCACCCCGCCACGACCCGAAGCUGCCCCCCAGGAGGAGGCCACCAAAGCCACUGCAGCUAUGGAGGCAGCGACUGCAGCUUCAGACGACGAGGCCGGGCCCUCACCAGCCGAGCCAGCGGCUGAGGGGGCCGCUGCCACGGUGGAGGCUGCAACGCCGGAGGCAGCAGAGGUGGCGGCACCAGAGGCAGCGGAAGAGGCGGAGGGGGCGGCACCAGGGGUCGCCGAAGUUGCCAGCAGCGCCUCCCCACCGGCAGAGGAGGUGGAUCCGGAGGUGGUGCUGGGAAGGCGCCUCCUACCUAGCACGUCAGAGAUCCCUCUUCCCCGACUCAUAGCCAAAUGCCACCAAGCUCAGAAGGAGCUAGAGGCCGGCAUGCGCCAGGAGUGGGAGAAGCUGGAGGCAUUACGCCACCGACUCUCCGACUGA